AUGUCUGCGAGCGUACAUUUGGACGUCAUUGUUGUCGGAGGAGGGAUUGCCGGGUUGACGACAGCCUUGGCCCUGCGAAGGGCAGGUCAUACCGUCACCGUUGUUGAGUCGUCUUCGUGGCUGCGCGAGGCUGGUGCCGCUGUUGUCGUCCCUCCCAAUGCCGCUCGCGCGUUGAUAAGAUUCGGCAUCGACGUCGAGAAAGAGGCCAAGGCUGCCCCGUUCAAGAACUCGAUCGACUACCAUUUCACCAACACCGACCGGCCGCCCAAGUUUGGCCCGGGAGGAGACGGGCAGCAGGUUCCCUGGGCACGACAAGCUCAAUAUUACCCCGGCCUGUUUUACCUCGCUCACAGGGUCGACCUGCACGAUGCCAUCAAGAGGAGGUGUGUCAGCCCCGACGGUCCUGGGGAACCGGUCCAUGUCCUCUUGUCGUCGAGAGUCGUGGCAUGGAAUCCUGCAGGAAGUAUCACGCUCCAGAAUGGGAAGGAGAUGUUCGCCGACCUUAUCGUUGCCGCCGACGGGAUCCAUUCUGUAGCCCACGAAGCUAUCCUCGGUCACAGAGUCCCCGCCACGCCUAGUGGGCUCACCAACAUGCGAUUUGUGCUGAAGACCGAGACGUUGCUGAGCAACCCCGAUACCGCACAGAUAAUGGAGGAUGGAGACGGCUGUUUUGCAUUUUAUAUGAGUGCGGAUCGCUCGACAUAUUUGCUUCGUUACCCUUGUCAUAAUAACGAAUUACAAAACUUUGGAGCGUACGGAAUGGCGGAAGAGGGAGAUGCACUUCUGGCUUUGAAGGGCGAACAACUCAGCAGAGACGCCCUGCUUGAGAGACUGAGCGCUUUGCCCCCGAUGUUCCGAGCCAUCGGUGAGAUGGUUGAAGACACCGUUACGGACUGGAAACUCGGAGAUCGCGAUCCGAUCCCAACAUAUUAUCGCGAUAGGUUGGUCCUGGUUGGCGAUGCGGCUCAUCCGAUGUUUCCCAGGCAGGGACAAGGUGCAGCUGUCUCGAUCGAAGACGGAGCAACUCUCGGAGUCCUCAUGAGCGGGCUGCAGAGCAAGUCCGACGUGACGAAACGCCUGAUGCUGAAUGAUGAGUUGCGCGUGCGACGAACAUCCAUUGUCCAGCUAUUGUCUCGGUUUCGGAUAGCCACGAUUCAAGAUAAUGUGAUCUUGGCAGACGAGAUUGUACAACUGUUCUCUCCAGAACCUGCUCCCGGUUAG